AUGAAAAGAUUUAUUACUUUAGCUCUUGCAUUAUUCAUUGGAGCUAGUCAACAGAGUUUUAUCAGCAAAUAACUAGAAAAUCAAUUGACUCUUUAAGGUAGAUUAAACCAUCUAUCUUAAGAAAUCGAUGAACUUUCAGCUGCCAUUCAUGAACUAAGAUUAGAAGAAGAGGAAAUAAGUGAGCAUCACCAUCACCAUCAAUAACCAGAGCCAAAAGUCGAAAAUGCUUGGAAAGUUAUCUCUAAAAUUGGUUCAGCAAUCGAAUCUAACCCAGUUGUCCAUCUAGGCGAGCAAUAUGGCGAAAUGUACCUUGUUAAUAAGCUUCACAAGCUAGCUUCGGGAAUCUAAGUCCAAAACCCAAGAAUUACACUUGAUGAAGCAAUCAAUCUAACACACGAGAGAGAAAAUCAAAGGUUAAAAAUGAGAAUCCCUGCCUCUAGUUUCAUAAAAAUUCCAGAAUUCACUAAUCAAUACCAAUUUAAGUGA